AUCUGCCAGCUUUGUCCUGGUCAGACUCCCAGUUUACAGAUGAUGCCUGAGGUGCUGCAGGUCAAGAGAAGAAACAGAUGGUGUGGUGUCGGAAGUACAGCAGCAGAAGGGAAAUGAAGUCAGGCUAUGACAUCUGGUGAAAGCUCUGAGUGACUCGGUGGAGCUCCGGUGUUUAGACUAUUUAUGGAAGAGAAGGAAGAAGCUCUGACUGCAAGAGGCCAGGGAAAGAGCAGUAGUAGGCGUGGGUCUCCUACAGAGCUGUCUUUUGGGUGAGAAAACUGCAUGAGGAGACAAAGACUGAGAUUAAUAUCAAAUUUAGGUAAAGGUGAUGAAGAGGAACUGGAACUGGUUUGGUGAACAAGRGCAGAAACGGCAGAAAACCCACAGRGAAUCCAAGGCAGGGAGUAAGGGAUUCUCUUUGGAAAAUGCCAAGCCGGAAGUUUGCUGAUGGCGAGGUGGUGAUGGGCCGUUGGCCAGGAAGUGUCCUGUACUAUGAAGUACAAGUGACCAGUUAUGAUGAUGUUGCUCAUCUUUAUACUGUGAAGUACAAAGAUGGCACUGAACUGGCAUUGAAAGAAAGUGAAUUAAGGUCGCAGUCAUCAUUCAAGCCCAGGAAGAGCCAGUCUUCUUCCAGUUCUCCUUCCAGAAGAAGUAGCAGCAGAUCUCGCUCUCGAUCCCGGUCUCCUGGUCGGCCAGCAAAAGGCAGACGUCGCUCUGCUUCCCAAAGCAGAGAACACAAAGAUGACAAAAAGAAAACCAUUCAAGAAACCAGCUUAGCUCUACUGAAGCCAAGUGAGAAUAACACCAAAAGGUACAAUGGUGAGCCUGAAAGCACAGAAAAAAAUGACACGUCCUGUAUCAUCUUGGAGCAAAAGUUAAAACCAGACCUGGAAGUCAAGCGUGUGCUUGAGCAGUACAGCUUGCGUUCAAGGAAAGAUGACAAGAAAAAAGAAGAGAUUUAUUCAGAGAAAAAGACUUUUUUGGCAGUAAAACCAGUUGAGAAAGUACCAUCAAAAACAAAGGAGCUGGAGUUUGGAGGAAGAAUUGGGUCCUUCAUGAUGAUACUUUUCCUGCCUGCUACUGUAUUAUAUUUGCUGUUGAUGUGCAAACAAGAUGACCCAAGUCUUCUGAACUUCCCUSCUCUCCCAGCACUUGAGAGUCUUUGGGAGGGGAGGGUGUUCGGUAUCUAUCUUCUGUGGUUUUUCCUUCAAGCUGUGUUCUACUUGCUGCCAGUUGGAAAGGUUGUAGAAGGCCUGCCCCUUUCCAAUGGAAGGAAACUGCAGUACCGGAUAAAUGGGUUUUAUGCUUUUAUUUUGACUGCUGCAGCUAUUGGAGCGCUGAUGUAUUUUCAGUUUGAACUUCAUUAUUUGUAUGAUCACUUCAUACAGUUUGCUGUGUCAGCUGCAGCUUUUUCUUUGGCACUGAGCAUUUAUCUGUAUGUUCGAUCCCUGAGAGCACCUGAGGAAGAAUUAGCACCAGGUGGAAAUUCUGGGUAUUUUAUUUAUGAUUUUUUUACUGGACAUGAAUUAAACCCUCGUAUUGGCAGUUUUGACCUCAAAUACUUCUGUGAGCUGCGUCCAGGACUGAUUGGCUGGGUUGUUAUAAACUUGGCAAUGCUCUUGGCUGAGAUGAAGAUUCACAAUCUCAGUAUGCCGUCCCUGUCCAUGAUACUUGUGAACAGCUUCCAGCUUCUGUAUGUAGUGGAUGCUCUUUGGAAUGAGGAAGCUAUUUUGACUACMAUGGAUAUUACCCAUGAUGGAUUUGGAUUCAUGUUGGCAUUUGGAGAUUUGGUGUGGGUUCCAUUUGUCUACAGUCUGCAGGCCUUCUACUUAGUGGGUCAUCCAACCACAAUCACUUGGCCUGUUGCUGCUGCAAUUACUGUUCUCAACUGUAUUGGGUAUUACAUAUUCCGUAGUUCGAAUUCUCAGAAAAACAAUUUCCGAAGGAAUCCAGCAGAUCCCAAAUUGGCCAAUCUUAAAUUUAUACCCACUGCAACUGGAAAAGGGCUUCUUGUCACCGGUUGGUGGGGUUUUGUUCGUCACCCAAAUUAUCUUGGUGACAUCAUCAUGGCUCUAGCAUGGUCCCUACCCUGUGGUUUUAAUCACAUUUUACCCUAUUUCUACGUGAUCUAUUUCAUCUGCUUGCUUGUUCAUCGAGAGGCUCGUGAUGAACACCAUUGUAAGCAAAAGUAUGGCUUGGCCUGGGAGAGGUAUUGCCAGCGUGUCCCGUACCGCAUUUUUCCUUACAUCUACUAGAGCACUCCAGAGGSCUGAUUUGCAAAUUAUUGCUACAGUUAGUUUCCCUGCAGAGAAAAAGAUACCUCUUACCUUUGCACUUGGUCAUUUGUUAUUUAGGCUUUUAAAAAAAAACCAAAACAAACAAAAYCCGACCAAACACUGGAGUGCGUCAAAGGUAUUAUUUACAAGUCAAACUUCAAGAUGUGAGUUAUGUGAACUGACUGUGACUUCAAUUUUAAAAAAAUUGUGAAUUUUCCAAAUUCUUUGAGCCCUAAUUUUUCAAGCUAAAUUUUAUCUAGAAUUCUGGGUUUACAUUUUUUAUUGCAUUUAAUUAAGCACUGUGAUGUAAAAUAUAUUAUUUUCUUAAUACAAUAAAUGCUGAAAUUCCAUCCAG